AUGCGAUUAACAGUUUGGUUGAGAACGAAUCUGAACACACGAGAAUGGUAUCGCCGGGUUUGGGAGAUUGGGUAUCGAGGGCCUCCUCUUCCAAAGCUUAAAAUAAAGGGUAAACCUGAUUACCCUAUUGGUAGCAAUGCUAUUAUACACCUGCAGAAUAGAUUAAAAUUGGAAUAUCAAGUGAUGAAGUGCCUAGCAACACCAUAUAUAACAAAGGAUAUGGAAGUUGAAUAUAUUAAGAAAUAUGGAACAAGUGAGCAACAACGUGAACAGGAACUUUUGAAAAUAGAACAGAGUCGUAUGCCAGGCAAACCAAAACGAAGAAUUGUAGGGAGUGGCAAAGUAUUGAGGGCAAGAGCAAAUGUUGGAAAUUUGCUACAUGAACACCGAACUAUUGAAAGUAGUUUGCAGGAACUGAUUGUUAGGCAGCGUUGGGAUUAA